AUCGCAAAAUGGAAAAGCAAGCUAAUCUAAUGAUACCUCCUGUACGGUGUUUAUUUAGCUCAUUGGAAAAUAAUUUAAGCAAUGAUUAUCAAAAUGAUAACGUUGACCAGCUGAAUAAUUCUGUCAAUAACAAUAAAAGGGCUCAACAAAAGUUAAAACAAAUAUGUCAACAAAGCGUAGAAGACUUUCGUCAACGUUACAAUUUCGAUUUGAAUCUUAUGAAAUCUGUUGAUGAGAAUAAUGCAGGCAUUUAUGAAAGUGAUCAAGAAAAUCAGCGUGAGAAUAAUGCACCAACAUGCAAAUGCACGUGUCAUGAUAAUCAUCAAAAGCUUCCAUACAAACAAACAUGGUACUGGGAACAGUUAGACUGUAGAAAAGUUUACAUCCCUCCAUUCUACUUGAACACUGCAUAUCAUUCAGACACUUAUUUACACUUACAAUCAGAAUGCGCUAAUGGACAAUCAGUCCCACCAAAUACACCACAUAAAUCGACGAGGAUGAAAUCAAGACGAGUUUAUCAAACCAACAGAUGGGAUUCUGUGGAUUUAUCCACGUCAGAAGAUUCUUUAGUGUUCAGUGAAGUGGGUAGGAAGGUGUCAAAUGUAUCAGUUCCAGGAGACUGUAUUUCUCUGCCUUCAUCACCAUCAUCAUCAGCAUUGUCAUUAUCACAACUCCAUGGUCGCCGAAUUCGAAGCCAACUGGACAAUCCUAGUUUGUCCAGUUCAGUGGAAGAUUUGAGUGCUACCCUUGUGAGAAGUCAAAGUGAAGCCAAAUGUGUCCGAACAAAUCGCCUUCAACAUGUCACGAAUACAAAAAUCAAUCGAUUUAGUGUUACUUCUAGCUACUCCAUUGAUAGUUCUAUUCACAAUAACAAAGCAUUGUCUAUGAAAUCGGUAACUUCCUUGAAACCAAAUGAGAAUUGUUUCAGUUUUCCUUCCAUUUCAAGAACAUGCUAUUUGAAGCAAUUAAAAAUUACAGGUCAGUCUUCAGUUCGACUCUUUUUAUGUUCGUUUGGAUAACAUUGUUAGUUUACCGACUAUGAAGUACAGUAAUUCUAAAAGACAUU